GAACGGCAAAGACGACGGAGUUGUUGACUCGAGGGAGAAGACGACGGAUGUCUCGACGGAGGUGACGACGGAUGUCUCGACGGAGAAGACGACGGAUGUCUCGGCGGAGAAGACGAGUGAGGACGCGAGGGAGAGUACGGCAGAGAUAACGGAGCCGAGUGAUGUGGCUUUAGAAACUGCUCCAGCGACAGUGAACAAAGGUCCUGCUGGCCCAUCUCCUCCAGCUCCUCCAGCAACUCCGGCGAUUGGGACUGAAUCUGAAGAAGAAGAGAAUGAGGAAACCCCUUCUUCUGGAGAUGAAGAGAAUCAGAAAGCCGGUUCUGGAGAGGAAGAGAAUGAUCAUGACGACCGUUCCGAUGGUUCUAGCCAGGAGAAUGAAGAUGCUGAAGAAGAACAGGAAGAAGCAGAUGAGAAGGAAGAGACUGAAGGUUCUGGAGAAAGAAAUGGUGACGGAGAAGGAAAUGAAGACGGAGAAGGAAAGGAUAAUGAGAAUGAAGGUUCUGAAGAAGAAAAUGACCGAGAAGAGUUAGCAAAUGGAGAUGACAAUGAGAAUCCACCUGAACCCGGGAAUCCACCUGAACCAGAGGGUUUGAAUGGAAAUGUGGCAACCGAGGCAAUCAAACCAACCAGCAUGUUCUUCAAGCCAACCGAGUACAGAAAAAAAAUAAAGCUAGGGACAAGGUGUAUGAUAGCUAGCGCGAUUAAGACGCUAAAAAAUUUGAAACCCAAGCUGUCUAACGCGGAGAUGAGCUGGUUCACGGAGCAUCCUCAAUUCAGACACAUUUUCCACAUGAAGAUAGAGACUAACCACAGGGUUCAGGGAAUGUGGAUGUUGUUGUUGCGUACUGCUGGUAGCGAGAAGCUGAGAGAAGUGUGGUUCAUUGUCAAUGGGGUUCCAAUCCGUUACGAGCUGAGGGAACAUGGUUUGAUAUCUGGGCUAUUCUGCCAGAACAAUCCUCUCGGCUACAAAGAGCUUGGUGGGACGAGGUUCGUUGAUCGUCAUUUCAAGGAAGGAGAACCGAGAAGGUUAGAGGAUGUUAAGAAGAAGUUGGUGAACAUGGGACCCCACAAAGACAGACUGAAGAUGGCGGUUCUAUUCUUCUUAGCUUCGGUUGUUUGUGCGCAAACGAAGGUUGGACACAAGGCUAAUGAUGUAUUGGAGGUGUUCCAGAGAGCAGUGGAUGAUCUUGAUUACUGCAAGUCCUUUCCGUGGGGGAGAUUUUCCUAUGAUUACAUGGUGAAGGAGAUCUCUCACACAAUGAAGCAUUUUGGAGGGGUGGUGAAAGAGAAAACAUUAUGGCCGCUACCAGGUUUCUGUGUUCCAUUAGAGGUAUGCAAAAUCCCAUUAAACCAGUCUGACAACAUUGUUGUUUACUAAUGCAAAAAUGUUGUGUGUAACAGCUUCUUGCAUUCGAGGCAAUUCCGAAGCUAGGAAUAGCGUUCAGAGAGCCUGUGGUUGGAGCUGGUCGCGACUAUCCGAGGAUGUGCAAGUCCUACUUUAAACGAAAUGGAAUGACAGGGGUGUCACUUUCUGUGA